UCCCCAUACGUGACUGAUCUAUGAAAUGGCAGAGAAUGGAACAGAUUGUGACCAGAGACGCAUAGGAAUGAUCAAAGAACAGCACAAUGGAAACUUUACAGAUUCCUCUUCGUUGAGUGAACGGAAGCGAAGGGACCGAGAAGAGAGGUUGAAUAUUGUACUGUGGAGACAACCGCUUGUUACCUUGCAGUAUUUUUUCCUGGAAACUCUAAUAAACUUGAAGGAAUGGACCAUAAAAUUGUGGCAUCGGCGAAGUAUCUUGGUGUCUUUUUUACUGACGCUUGCAGUGCUUACAGCUACGUAUUACAUUGAAGGAACACAUCAACAGUAUGUGCGGUAUAUGGAGAAAAAGUUCUUCUGGUGUGCCUACUGGGUAGGAUUAGGCAUUCUGUCCUCUGUUGGACUUGGAACAGGUCUCCACACCUUUCUGCUCUAUUUGGGUCCACACAUAGCAUCAGUUACUCUUGCUGCAUAUGAAUGUAACUCAGUUAAUUUUCCUGAGCCUCCUUACCCGGAUCAAAUUAUCUGCCCUGAUGAGGAGACGACUGAAGGCUCCAUCUCUUUAUGGGCUAUCAUCUCAAAAGUCAGGCUGGAGGCCUGCAUGUGGGGUGCUGGCACAGCCAUUGGAGAGCUGCCUCCAUAUUUUAUGGCGAGGGCGGCCCGACUCUCUGGUGCUGAACCUGAUGAUGAAGAGUACCAGGAAUUUGAGGAGAUGCUGGAACAUGCAGAGACUGCACAAGAUUUUGCUUCCCGGGCUAAACUGGCUGUCCAGAACCUGGUGCAGAGGGUUGGGUUCUUCGGCAUUUUGGCCUGCGCUUCAAUUCCAAACCCUCUGUUUGACCUGGCCGGGAUAACAUGUGGACACUUUCUGGUUCCCUUCUGGACCUUCUUUGGUGCAACCUUGAUUGGGAAAGCAGUAAUUAAAAUGCACAUCCAGAAACUUUUCGUUAUUAUAACAUUCAGCAAACAUAUAGUGGAGCAGAUGGUGUCCCUAAUCGGUGCUAUUCCAAGUAUAGGUCCUUCUCUUCAGAAGCCAUUUCAAGAAUAUUUGGAAGCUCAGAGGAUAAAACUUCACCACAAAUCUGACAGUGGCGUGCCACAGGGGGAAAACUGGCUGUCGUGGAUGUUUGAAAAAUUGGUGAUUGUCAUGGUUUGUUAUUUUAUCUUAUCUAUAAUCAACUCCAUGGCCCAGAGCUAUGCCAAACGACUGCAGCAGAAGAUGUACUCUGAAGAAAAAACCAAAUAAGCUUGGGAAAAAAACCUUGGAAUGGGUUUUAGCAGACACGAAAAAUGACACAUCUUUCCAUAUGUUUAAAAAUCAGCAUUAUUCAAAAUGGGGGAAAAGUUUUUAACAUCAAUUUUCAACUAUAACAAGUUUUUAUUUAAUUUUGAAAGUAAUUUGGAUAUUAGAGCAGACAUUCAUUGACAAACUUAUAAAUGUUAAGGUAAGGUAUAAAUGCUUUACAUGUCUGAGUUGUAUUAUAUGGGAUGGACUAAUGUUGAAUGGAGUUUAACACAAAUGUUGUCCAUCCAAAUUACUUCCAAAAAUGUUGAUUUAAUACUCUCCAUUUCCUGAUUUAACUUCAGACUGCCCUAAGGGUAACUUUUUAUUUUGAAGGGUGGCUGUUUUGCUUUUUCCAUAACUUUCAAGACCAUCAAAAUGUAUAUAAAUGAAUACAGAUCGGAUACAAACUGUUGCAUGUCCCUCAUGGUAAGGCUAUUCCACCUGAAUUCUCCAGUGUCCCAUUGCAUUGCACGUGCUCUCGGUUGGAAAAGCCACCCUCUUAAACUUCAUGAUGUUAGCACAGAUGAUUGAUGUCAAAAUGCUGAAGCUGACAUUUUUUAUUCUGUAUAUUUAGAAUGAAGAUAAAACUUUAUAAAGUCAUCUUUGAUCAUU